AUCCCUGCGGAAGCCUUCCUGCCACUGUCGCUGGCUGUCCAGCGCGCAGCUGUUGUGGCCACGCCCCUGUCUGCGUCUGUAUCGACCACUUCGCUUGAUUCUGUAUCCUCCAAUUCCGGUUCCGAGGACUCUCUCAGCGGGAGUGACUACGACGAGAAU